UAUCCCCGAGACCGCCGGUUGCAACGCAUCUCUCUUACUGGUUUUUUCUUCUAUAUAAGGAAACAAGUCGGAAACAGAUAAAAGUAGACAACGAUAUAAGUGGAAAAACAGCUCGCUAAAGACUGUCAUUUGGUUGCUGUUCCGAGGAUCGUUUAAGUCGCUUCCAUUUCGCGUCUUUACUCAUUUCUUAAACUUGACAUCGGAUUACUCGCACGGAUACAAUCAUGAAAUAUAUUUUUACACCUGUGCACGUAUUGACCAUGAUUUGGUUGGUCGCCUUGGCAUUCCCGCAAAGAGACCCGUCGGACGGGAUCGCCAAUGACUCUAUAAUAUUCGAUAAUAAUGAAGCGAGUAGCACCACACCGAGAAUCACCGCAUCGAGUACCUCCACGCAAAGCACUGCAGCUAAUUGUCCGUGUGUCGCGACUGCCGAAUACAACCCAGUAUGCGGCACCGAUAACGUUACCUAUUGGAAUAUGGGAAGAUUUAAUUGCGCGAGAAAUUGUAAUCCAGGACUCGAGAUAAGAGUGAUCAGGGCUUGCGAACCAUACAUCCAGCAGAGCAGUAAUUGAAUAUUGCAUGGCCUGCCAUAUAUAGACGUGCACACGUCCAUUAAAGGAAAUUCCUGAUAUGCGAUCGCAAUCAUCAGCUAGUUCCUGGUCAUCGACAUGUCGCAAACUCCAUGUGUUAUUAAUGUUCGAUGUAUUACUACAUUUAAACAUGUGCAUUUUUAAUUUGUUAUUGCUAAUCUUUAUGUAAAAACUACGAUCUAUUAUAAUUAUACUGUAUAUAUACAGUAUAUAUAUAUAAUUAAUUAUAUUACAU